AUGCAGUUCGCCCCGCAGGAUAUCGAGUCUCGCGGUGGCCAGCGUCUGCUGCGCGUGAGCGACUUCCACUUGGGGGUCCAAGUCUCGAGUAUGUUCCGGAAGCGGGUGGAUGCGUCUGGAUCGGUGGUGUCGGCUACAAACGGACGCAAUGCAGCGCCUCUGUCCAACUACGUGAACGUCAUGGGCACGUCGGAGGGAGGCGUCGGCGCUCUGGUUCCUGUCGGCGAGCGCGUCUUCCGUCGUCUCUUCACGUUGCAGAACGUUAUGGUGAACACGUUGCCUCAGAACUGUGCGCUGAACCCACGGGAAUUCCGCAUGCUCAAGACCAACGCGCAGCGACGAUGUGGCAGACCGGACGCUUGGAGCAAGAAGAAGUGGAAGAAGAGCUUCCUGGACGCCUUCGUGCUGUUCCGGUUCCUGCAACUGAACUAUGUGGCGCAGAAGGAGCUUGCACGCUGUAUCGGUACGACGCCCGAGGUGGUUAUGCACAACCUGCUCGAGGUGCAGCACGCCACGUCGACGUUUCUCUAGAAAGAUCCAGCUCGCUGCAUCGGUACAGUAGUCGAUAACCUGCUGGAAGUGCAGCAGCCCACUCCGACGUUUUCAAAACCAUAAGAAGUGAAUUUUGUCAUGCCUUAAAAUGAACGGUAGCACUUGAACAC